AUGACUUGGCAGGAAUUCAAAGAACCCUUUAUGAGAUACCAUUGCCCUCAGUCGGCUGUUGAUAAGAUCCAAGAGGAUUUCUUGCGCCUCCGACAGAAAAAUGAGUCAAUAAAUGAAAUAUCGAAUACUUUCAUGGAUCAGAUGAAGUUCUGUGGAGAGUUUGUGCAAACGGAAAGAAUGAAGAUAAAUCGCUUUUAUGGAGUACUAAAGGCGGAAUUUAGGGAGUUCAUCACUCCCUCGAAAUGUGAGACCCUUGAUGAACUUAUCAAUUUGGCUCGGGAUAGAGAAAUUGAAAUUAGAAGGCAAGAAGAACGUGGUGAAAAGAGGUAUAGUGAAAAGGGUGCAAGUUCGAGUCCUGCUAAAAAGGGGAAGUAUCAAGAACAUGGAAGGAAAGAUAAGUCAAAGGGUGGUAUCACGCCUUGCAAGACUUGUGGAAAACUUCAUACAGGAGAGUGCCUACUAGGCAAAAAGGGAUGUUAUAAAUGUGGUAAAGAAGGGCAUUCGUCUUAUCAAUGUCCAAAUAACCCGAAGACUUGCUUCUAUUGUUUUGAAAAGGGGCAUAUUAAGUCGGAAUGCCCAAAACUUCAGCAAGAAUCGAAAAAGGAAGAUAAGAAGCAAGAGGGUUCCAAGGCUCAAGGAAGGAUGUUCCAAAUCACAUCCGAGGAGGCUAAGGUUCAUCCGAAUGUUGUUUCAGGUAUUUUCUUAUUAAAUUUUAUGCCGGUUCAUGUUUUGUUUGACACCGGAGCCACUAUGUCGUUUAUUUUAAAUGAAAUCGUACAACAUCCUUCAUUCAAGGUUGAACGAAUGUCGAUGCCCUUAGAAGUAGAGAUAGCCGAUAGUAAAAAUUAUUUGUUGCACGAAAUCUAUAGAAGUUGUAAGUUAACCAUAGAAGGUGAGGAAUUCAACAUCGACCUUAUACCUAUGGUUUUGGGGGAAUUUAAGGUAAUAGUGGGUAUGGAUUGGAUGUCCCAGAACCACGCGAAGAUAAACUGUGAAAACAAAACCAUAACUAUCCAAACCCCGAGUGGAGGCCAAUUGAAAAUUCAAGGAGAAAGAAACGUAGAAGUGAAAUUAUGUACUAUUGUUCAAGCGGUCAGGCAUGUAAUUAACGGAGGUGGGGCCUACUUAGCUUAUGUAGUAGACGCUCAAUAG